CGACGGUCCCCUCGACGACAGUAUCGCAGGGAUUAAACUUCUCUCUUCUCGAUUAUUCCCUCCGUGGGUUUUUCUGCGCCGGAGAUAAUUCGCUUAUGGACUGAAUCAAGAAUUAAUCGCAUUAUGGCAAAGUUCGCGAUACCCCGAGCUUUUUUUAUCGCACUAACCGUUGUGACGGUCGCUGCAGCACGAGCGCAGAACGAGAAUUGGAGCCGUCGAUCCGUCAGCGAUUGCACUACUCCGAGUGGGUUACAAGGAAUUUGUGUAUUGCUUGCUCGAUGCCAAUCGCUUCGGGAUCUUCAAAAGGCUCGUCCCUUGUCCAAAGGAUCGGCCCGCUUUUUGGUAGCCUCGCAAUGCCUUCCGAGCACCGGUGACCUCAACGGUGUUAAAGUUUGUUGCCCGAUCGAUAGCGACCUCCUUCGAAAUGGAAGAAGCGUAGAAGAAAAUCCAGCAGUUUUGUCUUCCCGCAAUAAUUCUAUUCUACCGAGUGACUGCGGUAGCGACGUGUCCAAGAGAAUCGUUGGUGGAGAAAUCACCGAUUUGGACGAGUUCCCUUGGAUGGCUCUCCUCGAAUAUGAUUCCCCGCGGGGUAAACGAACGGGCUGCGGGGGCGUAGUCGUGUCUUCGCGCUACGUACUGACCGCCGCUCACUGCGCGGACAGCGAAGCUUUACCGAAAUCCUGGUCCCUGAGUAACGUGCGUCUCGGUGAGUAUGACAUUUCGAGAGACCUCGAUUGCGUGUCGGAUGACAACGACGGGAGCGAAGUUUGUUCGGAGGCUCCGGUGAGCGUGGCUGUCGAAGAAAAAAUUGUGCACGAGUCGUACGUACCGAAGAGCGUUGACAGGCAGCACGACGUGGCGUUGCUGAGGUUGGCGCAGCACGUGCGGUUCACGGACUACGUAAAGCCAAUUUGCUUGCCGUCGAGUGGGAAUCUGGCUCGAAAAUUGUGGAUCGCGGGUUGGGGAAAAACUGAAAGUAGAACACAAUCCAACGUGAAAUUGAAGCUCUCCAUGUCGCUGGCCAACAAAUCGGCGUGCUCGCAAAAGUACAAAGAAGUUGGGAUUCAUUUGCGAGAGGAGCAAUUGUGCGUCGGCGGUGAGACUCGGAAGGAUUCUUGUCGCGGUGAUUCCGGCGGUCCUCUCAUGUCGCUCGAGAGAGCACCGGACGGAAAGAGGAAAUGGACGGUCGUCGGAAUCAUCUCGUUCGGACCAGAGCCUUGUGGGACGCGACAUUGGCCCGGUGUUUACGUCAAAGUUGCUGACUACCUUCCCUGGAUCCUCGCUAAAGUGAGGUCUUGAAAUUUACCUCGAAAAACGAAAAGUAAGCGUCCUCGCCGCUUUCAUUAUAUUUUCAACGAACUAAGAUAUUUCGAAAAUAUAUUUCUAUAACGCGAUCCAUCGUCAUCGUUUCUUGGAGCAUCGGGUCACGGAGACUCGAGCUCGUAUCAUCGGUUGAUUAGAAAGUUCACGCCGGAGCAAUGCAACGUAAAACGAUGGAAUCGAAUUUUACGCUCAAGCACGGUCCAACGGAACGAGCGACGAAGAAACUUGUCCGAUUCUACUAUUUUUUGCUCCACGAUCCGUUUGCCGAAAUUUGGAAAAUUACAAAUAUUUUUUUCCUUCAAUUUAUUGGCCUUCAACGUCACGUGGUUUCGUGGCAUUGGGAUUCGAUCAUUCGAAACAAUAAUCACAGUUAUACGAAAUUUAUCUUGCUGGGAGCACGUGUCCGCUGGGCCGACGAGGUUGUGACCGAAGUUAUCGUAGUUAGCAACGAAGGCUCACGAGAAAUUAAUACAUAAUUUGGAAAAUUUUAUUACAGUAUUGUAAUCUCUCACGGACAGAAUAUAUUUGUACUUUGCCUCGA